CCCCCCCCUCCAAAUUAUUGAAAACAACCGAAGGUCGACGCUUGUGGCUCUCAAAUCUGGAGUCGCAUAUAUAUUUUUGGUUAGGUUUUAUAAAAUAUAUAUCUAGAAAAAAAAAAAAAAAGAAAACAGUGUUGGUGUUGAUGGUGUUGGUGUGAUAUAUAUCUCGUAAAAGGAAAAAAAAAAUUAAUUUUCUCCACAAUGAUUUCAGUGAUAAAGAAGCGAAGUGGUGAAUGAAAAUUCAGAAAGAAAAAAGAAGAAGAAGAAGAAGAAAAAAAAAAUGACGACAAUUGUUGAAGAAACAAUGGACGUACCAGAAGAAUUAACUCUUCAUUGGGCGGAGGAUGUUGGCAAUGUUAUUCACGAGGAGGUUUGUGGCCUCGAAACGGAAAUGGUUGCACAAGAAGAGGAAGUUAUUGGCGCUUGUGAAGAAGUCAUUGAAGAGGCAGUUGAGGAAGAAGUUAUUGAACAACAAGAACAAGAAGAACAAGCUGAUACUGAAAUUUUAAUGGUACCACAAUCAAGUGACAUGGAAUCAAUUUAUAUUGUUCCACAGGAUCAGGGACAUGAUUAUUUUAAUAUUCAAGUCACUGAGGAAGUUGUUGCCGAUAGUUGGGACAGAUCUGGACCCGACGAUGGUGUGGAAAUACCAGAAACAAAAGUCUCACAUGACAAUUUACUUGAAUAUGAUGAUAUGGAAAUACCAUUGCCAAUUGAUCAGGAUUCAUAUACAAAUACACGACCAUAUCCAUGUGAUUUUUGUAGUCGUCGUUUUCGUAAAAAGGCAAAUUUAAUGAAUCAUAUGGUUGCACAUCAAACUGAUCGUCCACAUGGUUGUAAUCUUUGUGGUGCGCGUUAUGUACGUAAAUGUGAUUUAAUGAAUCAUUUGAAAAUUCAUGCUUAUGCACCGUCACGCGAUGGUCUCGAUGACGAUCUCAAUGAUGAGGAUCCAUUAAUGAACGAUGAAGAGGAAACGACAAAAGGUCGACGAAAGAAGGUGCAAUCAAAUACUCCACGUAGACGUAAAAAUAAUACAACAACAGCAAAUAAACGUUCAAUGAUAAUGACAUCAACAACAUCAACAACAAAUACAUCGGGCACAAUUGAUGAGGGUAAAGAAGUUGUUGGUAAAUUAAUGAAUAAAUCAUAUAAUUAUGUUGCCGAGGAUAUACGUUUAAUGGAAGUUGCAAGUCGUAGUAAUUCAAAUCGUGGUAAUAAUUUACAAGCAUCAAGUUCAUCGCGUUGGACCGAUCAAAUGACAAUUAUUAAUGAACCACCACGUUGGCCAAUAACUGAUCCAACAAAACCAUAUGUCUGUCAACAUUGUGGGGUUGCAUUUGCACGUGAAAAAGCAUUGGCAUCACAUUCACGAAUACACGGUGGCGAUAGUCCAUUAGAAUGUUCAAAUUGCGGUGAAAUGUAUUGGGAUUUAAAUGCAUUACGUGAACAUGUGAAAAAUAAACAUAAUGCAACAAUUGAAAUUACAACUGAUGAAAUUGAAAAUACCGAAACUAAUUAUACGGGCGAUGAUCGUUUUGGUGAAUUUUUCUGCGACACAUGCGGCGUGCCAUUUCAUCGUUUGGAUCUUCUUAAACGUCACCGGAAAACUCAUGUGAAACAAGAAAUGGAUCUCAUGGAGGGAUCGAGUCAACAGCAUGUUUGCACAGUUUGUGGUGAAUGGUUUGAAGAGGCAUUGGCAUUAUUGGCGCACGCUGAACUUCAUGCACGUUCACAUAAUCGUCGUUGUUUAUUGUGCGGUGAACGUUGUCGUGACGAUGCCGAUGUUGCUGAACAUGUGCGACAAAAUCAUGCCGAUGAUGCGCCACCAAAUACAUGCAAUCUCUGCGGUAAAACAUGCAAGGACAAAAGAAGUUUAUUGAAACAUGCAUGGAUUCAUAAUUCAGAUAAAAAUUGUAAUUGCACCAAAUGUGGAAAACGAUUUCACAGCAAGGCACGAUUACGAAGACACAUGUUGUCGCAUCGUAAUAAAAAUGUCGCAUGCGACGAAUGCGGCGAGGAAUUUGCCGAUGGUCGAACAUUGAUGAGCCAUCGACAUUCGCAUAAUAAAGAACUUGGUGGACGUUCAUUUCCAUGUCGUGAAUGUGGAAAAACAUUUGGCAGUCGUAGCUCACAGCAAAUACAUAUUCGCAUUCAUACUGGCGAACGACCAUAUUCAUGUCGUUUUUGUUGGAAGGCAUUUGCCGAUGGUGGAACAUUGCGUAAACAUGAACGUAUUCAUACAGGCGAAAAACCAUACGGAUGCACUAUUUGUCCACGUGCAUUCAAUCAAAGAGUGGUUCUUCGUGAACACGUGCGAGCCCAUCAUUCCGGUCCCGAUCCAAAAUGUCACGGCAGUAUGACACCAUAUUUAUGUAAAGUAUGCGGCGAAACAUACGCAACAUCAGACGAAAUUGUUGUUCAUAUUAUUCAGCAUUGCGAUGAAAAUACAGCGCUAAGAAGACAACCACAAUCGGGACCAAGAAAAUAUAAACGUCGACGUAAAGUUAAAAGCCAUGAAAAUACAACUGUUCAACGUGUAUCCGAAAGUUAUGAUAUUAUGGAUGGACAAUCAGAUUCCGAUGAUAAUGCAAAACGAAAAGUUGCUCGCAAAACAAAAGCACCACAACAAUCUCAACAACAACAACAACAACAAUCUCAACAGCAACAAAAUCGUUCAAAUGAUGAAAAUUAUCAAAAUGUUCUUAAAACAUUUGAGACAUCAUUACAAAAUGUUAAUACAAAUAUAGUUGCAACAACAAUCACCAAAGUUUCACCAAUAAAAACGCCUAAAGUUGGUAAAAAAAAAAUGAAACGUGAGGAGAAAAAAAUUGAGCCGCCAUUAAAUUCAACAAUGGGACGUUCAAAAAUGAUACAUACACAAAAAACACGUGUACCAGUGGAAAUUGGUACUGAGGGUGUGAAAAAGGGACAAAAAACAAAGACAAUGAUAACAAGAACACCAAAAUUAAUAAACGAAGGACAUAAAUUGGGAAUAUUUCCCGGUGGCGAAAGAAAUAGACCAAGAACGAAAAAUGUUAGCUAUCAUGUUGAGAAUAAAAAUCAAAUAACACCGGCGACAUUUCCAGUUGGUGAAGAAGAAAAGGAGGAGGAGAAAAAUGUUUCCUCACCAGAAAUACCGGAAGAAGAAGAAGAAGAAGAAGACGAGGAGAAUCAGAAUAUUUGUAAACCAAUAAUUAAUGUGAAAUUAGAACCGGGAUUGAGAAAUCAAAAUCAAAAUCAGGUACAAAAUCAAAAUUUCAAUCACGAUGAUAAGAAUAUAAAGAAAAAAAUUGUUAAUAAACGUGGAAGAAAGCCAAAAGGAAUUGUUAUUAAACAAGAGCCAAGGGAGGAAAUUGAUGAUGAUUUAAAUACAACAACAACGGAUAUUGUAACAGAAGAAAUUGGACAAAUAGAAGAGGAAAUAAUAAAUGAACAAAUUGUUGACGGUAGUGAAAUGGAAGUUGCAUUUGAGGCGAAUGUUGUUGCAACUGAGGAAUCAAUACUUCCGGAUCUUGAUAAAGAAAUAACGACGGAAAUAACAACAACAACAACAACAGAAGUAACGGCAGAUGAAAUAGAAACGGAAACAUUAAAUAAUAAAGAGAAUGUGAAAAUAAAUGUUAAAGUUGAAUCAACGCCGCAACGUGUUGUUGCUGCGCAUAAUUUAAUAGCGCCAAAUGAUGAAACGGCGGAAACAAUAAUUCCCGAUUCAUUGGAAAGUUUGGAGCAUACAUGCGAAAUGUGUUCGGCGGUAUUUCCGAGUCAUGCGGAAUUACUUGUUCAUGUGCCGAUACAUAUUUGAUUUGUGAAUUGUGAGGGAAGAAAAGAAGAAAUUCAAGAAAGAAGAAGAAGAAGAGGAAGAAGAAGAAGGAGGAGAAUGAUGAUGAUGAUGACAAUGCGGCGUCGCCAAUAAAUAGGAAAAAAAUUUUGAAACACAAAAACUGGAAUCGAUCAGUAAAUUGAAUUUUUUUUUCUUCUUUUUAUAUUCAAUAUUUAAUAUAUACAUAUAUAUAUAAAGUUUAUAUUUAAUUUUUUCAACAAAAGGCACAAUUUUUUUUUUCUGUCUUUUUUUCUAUUUUUGCUUUUUCUCUUUUUUUUCCUCUUUUCUCUUUGAUUUUUUUUUUUAUUUUCUGUUUCUUUUCUCUUUUUUCAAUUUUAUGAUUUAAAAUGUAGAUUAAAAAAAUAGAUUAUUUUUCUCUUUCUUUUCUUUUAUUAAAAUUUUCUAUUUUUGAAAUUGUUCAAUUUUUAAUUUCAAAAUUAUUUUGAAAAAAAAAAUUCUUUCGACGGAAAAAAUUGAAAAAUAUUGGAAAAUGAUUCUUUUUCUUCUUCCUUUUAUUUUUUUUUCAAGUAAUAAGUAAAUUACAAAAAAUUAGGAGAAAAGAAUUGAAAUUUAGAAAAAAAUAUUCUUUUUCUUUCGUUUCCGUUUCUUUUUCUUUUUUUUUUUUUUUUUUUUGAGAUAAAAAAUAGAUAACAAAAAAAUCGAAGGAAAAAAUUGAAAAAAAAAGAAUAGAAAAAUUAGGGGAAAAAAAAUUCUUUCGACGGAAAAAAUUGAAAAAUAUUGGAAAAUGAUUCUUUUUCUUCUUCCUUUUAUUUUUUUUUCAAGUAAUAAGUAAAUUACAAAAAAUUAGGAGAAAAGAAUUGAAAUUUAGAAAAAAAUAUUCUUUUUCUUUCGUUUCCGUUUCUUUUUCUUUUUUUUUUUUUUUUUUGAGAUAAAAAAUAGAUAACAAAAAAAUCGAAGGAAAAAAUUGAAAAAAAAAGAAUAGAAAAAUUAGGGGAAAAAAAAUUCUUUCGACGGAAAAAAUUGAAGAAAAUAAUAGAAAAAAUUAGGAAAAAAAAAUUCUUUCGACGGAAAAAAUUGAAGAAAAGAAUAGAAAAAAUUAGGAAAAAAAAAAUUCUUCAUUAAAAUUUUCUAUUUUUGAGCUAAAAAGUAGAUAAUAAAAAAAUCAAAGAAAGAAAUAAAAAGAAGAAUAGAAAAUUAAAACAAAUUAUUCGUUUUUUCUUUUCUUUUCUUUUUUUAUUUUCUCGUUUUGAGAUUAAAAAAGUAGAUAAGAACAAAUUUUUUGAGGUAAAAAAAUCGAAGGAAGAAAGCAAUGAAUAGAAAAUUAACAAAAAAUUUGUUUUCAUUUUCUUUUCUUUUUUUUUUUUUGAGAUAAAAAAUAGAGGGAAAAAUGGAAGAAAAGAAUAGAAAAAUUGGGGACAAAAAAAAAAAGGUUUAAAUAGAAAAAAAAGAGAAAUGAAUGGAAAAUUUUUUAAAAAAUUAAAAUUUAAAGAGAGAUAGAGAGAGAGAGAGAGAAAAAAAAAUGGAAAAAAGUUUCAAAAAAAAUUUAAUAGAAAAAAAGAAAGAAAAGAAUGGAAAAUUUUGAAAACGAAAAAAUAGGGGAAAAGAAAACUGAAAUUGGUGAAAAAUAAUUACGAAAUGGGACAAAAAUAGAAAAUUUGAAAAAAGGAAAUUUUUUCUAUUUCUUUUUUUUGUAUUUAAAAAAAAAAAAUUAUUUCAAUUUCUACAUUUAAAAAAACGGAAAAUAGUAGAAAAAAAGGGAAAAUAGAAGAAAAGUACAGAAAAUUGUGAAAAUAGAAAAUUUUUCUUUCCUUUUAUUAUUAUUUUCUAAUUUAAUUAUUUUCUUAAUUUUUCUAUAAAAAAUGAUUUUCUCCAAAAAAAAAAAAAAGUAAAAUAUAUUUCUGUAUGAUAAUUGUUUUUUUUUUUUUUUUUCUUUUUUUUUUUUUUUGCUUUCUUUUUAUAGGGAGAAAAAUUAUCAUGAGACGAUAAAAUUUUUCGCCUCGUGAAAACUGAAGAAAAAAAAGAAAGAAAUUUCGAAGCUUUUUUCCGCGAUUAAAAAAAUUCAAAAACAAAAACAGAUUUUUUUCUUCUCACUCUUAGAAUUGGAUUUAUUAAAAGGUGAGAAAAUAUUUUUUUCUUGCACGGAUUAUUUAUUAAAAAAAAAAAAAAAAAACAAUUUUAUUUUCUAAAAUUUAAAAAAUUUAAAUAAAUUUCUAGAAAUUUUCCUCAGCUUUUCGAAAAAUUUAAAUUGUUUUCUUUUUUUUAAAGCUAAUUUUGAAAAUAAUUAAAAAUUUUCUUACGAUUUUUCUAAAGAAAAAAUUAAUAUUUUUUUGUUGUUGUUUUUUUAUUUUGAAAAUUUUUCAUAUAUAAAAAUGGUUUUUUUUUUAUACAAAAAUAGAAAAAAGAAAUUAAUGAUUCAAUUGGAAUUUCAAAAAAAAGUCUAAUCCAAAAAUUAGAAUGAAAAAAGAAGAAAAAAAAAAGCUCAAAAAUUUCAAUUAUCAGGGAAAUUAUUUCACUUUUUUUUUCCUCCUACAUUUUUCUCCACGAAAAUCUUUUUUCCUUCUUCUCUUAUAUAUAAUAAUAAUAAUAAUAAUAAUAAUUAUUAUUAUUAUUAUAAUUAUAAUUGUGUUGUCUCUCGUGUUCAGUAUUUUGUCUCUUUAAUUAAUUGAAAAGAAUUUUUUUCCACGGUUUUUGACGAUAGAUUAAAAAAUUUUUUUUCUCUGAGAUAAUUGAAAAAAGAGAAAUUUCGCGACGCAUUUUGCAUUUUUUUUUUAAAUUUAAAUUUAAAAAACCAAUUUUAUUUUUGUUAUUUCUCUCAAUUUUUUUUUUUUUUUUAAAUAUUAAAUUGAAUAUUCUUUGAUAUUUCAUUAAUGAAAUAAAAUUUUUCACUAUAUUGUUUCUCUAAAUGAAUUUCUUUUAAUUUUCAAUAAAUUAAUAAUUUUAAUAUAUUUAUUUAAUUUUUUUUUGUUUUCUUAAUUUCAUUGAAAAGAAAAAAAAAAAUGAAAGAAGACACAUUUUUUAUUUUAAUUUUUGAAAUAAUUCAAUCAAUUUAAAUAAUUUAUUGAAAAUUGACAAAUUUUUUUUUUAUUAUUUGUUUUUUGGUUUUCAUUUUCUUUUUCUUUUUUUUUUUGUCUUAUUUAUUGUCAAAGUUUAUAUUUAAAAAAUUAUUUCAAUAAUUGCAAAGUGUUAAUUGCUGUUAAUUUUUCUUGUUUUUCAUUUUAAAAAUUGUUUUUCUUUCUCUUUCUCUCUAACUUUCUUAUUUUCAUCAUUGCAUCUCUUGAAAUUUUGAAAUUUAUAAUAAUAAUAAUCAAAAUUUUCCCAAAAAAAAAAAAAUGUACUAAACUGUAAAAACAAAAAUCCCCAUAGAAGCAAUUUCAAAAAAACCUCCGAUAAAAAGUAAAAAAAGAACAAACAAAUUUUUUUUUUUUUUUUUUUUUUGACAAAAAGAAAAUAAAAAAAAGUAUUUUUGUUAAAAUUUCAUUGUCUUUGUGAAUUUGAAUUGAAAAUGAUUUUAUUCUCGAAAAAGUUUUGUCCCUUUUUUUUUUAAAUAGAAAAAGAAAAAUGAGGCGAUGCCGUGAAUUAAUUUUUUUUUUUUUUAAACUAUCCUAUGUGUUGUACAUUCUUUUUUUUUCUCUUCAAAAACAAAAUUUAUUUAAAUAAAAUAAAAAUCGUCAAUUUUUUUUUUUGGAAAACGUAAUUCUUUUAGAAUUACUAUACCAAAAAAAAAAAGAAAGAGAAAAAAAUAAAUUAAAAAAAAACGACAAAUUACAGAAGAAUAAAAAAUGAACUGUAAAUAUAUUUCGAUGAGUUUUUUUUCUCCAAAAAAAAGAAAAUUCUCAUCUCUAGAUGUUUUUUAAAAAAGUAAAAAAAAAAAAAAAAAAAUUAAUAUUUGUAUUUGGCAAAAUGUCUACAAUAGAGCAGGCUAAUUUAAAUAUGGCACAUAAUCACAAAUUUGUAUUAAAAAAAAAAAAAAAAAAAAUACAAUACAAUACGAAUCUUUAAAUAAUUUUUAAUAAAAAAAAAAAAAAAAAAAAAAAACUGGAAGAAUGUAGAGAAAAAAUAUGAUUCGUUUUAUUGAAUCAUUUAUUAAAAUAAAAAAAAAUAAAGAUUCCAAAAUUUGUAAGUAAAGGUAAAAAAAUAUGAAAAGAAAAAAAAACAAAAAAGUAUAAUAUAAAGGUUGCUGUUUAAUCUCUUGAUAAGUUUAAAUUCUAAGGUCUUUAGUCUUUUAAUUAUAAAUAUAUAUAUUAAAAAAAGAAAAAAAAAAAAAAAAAAAUGAUGUGUUGCAUGGAAAUGAAAAAAAGUCUUUUAAUCUUUCUGAAAAUAAUGUCUCUUUAUCACACACAUACACUUACAUAUACACAAAAAAUAUAUAUAUAUAUAUAAAUAAAAAAAUAUAUAUAUUUAGCUUCUAUGUUUAAAAAUAAAAUAAUUAGAAUGAAUUAUCUAAAAAAAAAAAAAAAAAAAAAAGAUAAAACAUUCGUUCAUUAUUAUUACUUGUAUAUGUAUAAGAAUUUGGACUUUCCUCGAAAACAGGGGAAUUGCGUUCAUGAGAAUGUAGUACAUUGUACAUAUUAUUAUAUUGAUAUGAUACGGUGGCGCAAUUUACUGUUAGAAAAAAAAAUAAUAUUAAUAAUAAACUUAGUCUGUAUUUUUCUUUGAAUAAAAUAAUUAUUAGAUACAUUAA